GAAGAUGAGGCUCUCUGCCAGAUGCUGGGGUACCCAGAGUUUCCUCUGUUGUCCAAGGAAGGAGACGUGACUAUUGGAGGAGUCUUCAACAUUCACGGCAAAACCACUGAGCCCCCGCUCUCCUUCACAGACACACCACAACUUCUCACUUGUUCCAGCAUAAACCUCAGAGAGUUUCGUUUUGCUCAGACCAUGAUCUUUGCCAUUGAAGAGAUCAACAACAGUUCUCUGCUCCCCAACAUUUCUAUUGGUUACAGAAUAUAUGAUGGUUGUGGCUCAACUCUGUCCACUAUGCAUGCAACCAUGGCCUUAAUGAAUGGACAAGAGAGAAUGGUGGAAAAAAGCUGCUUAGGCCAAUCAGCAGUCCAUGCCAUCAUCGGAACCUCUGACUCAUCCACAACCAUAGCAAUGUCCCGAUCCACCGGAGCAUUUCAAAUACCAGUGAUCAGCCACUUUGCCACCUGUGCUUGUCUGAGUAACAAAAAGGAGUUUCCCUCCUUCUUCAGAACAAUUCCCAGUGACUUCUACCAGAGCAGAGCCCUAGCUAAGGUGGUCAAACACUUUGGCUGGACCUGGGUGGGGGCUGUUAGAAGCAAUAACGACUACGGCAACAACGGCAUGACCACCUUCAUAGAGGCUGCUGGUGUUGAGGGAGUCUGUAUAGAGUACUCUGAGGCCAUCUUACUUACAAGCCCCAGGGAGCAAAUAGUUAGUGUGGUGGGGGUGAUUAGGAGGGCCAACUCCAGGGUUCUGGUGGCGUUCCUGUCCCAGUUGGAGAUGGAGGUCCUGCUGGAGGAGGCUCUGGCCCAGAACUUGACCGGGCUUCAGUGGGUGGGCAGUGAGUCCUGGAUCACUGAUACUCACCUGGCCACCAGGUACUCUUCUAUCCUCGAUGGCACGCUGGGAUUCGCCAUCAGAAAGGCUACAAUCCCUGGGCUCAGAGAGUUCAUGCUCAGGGUUGGUCCAGCCCAGGACACAAACAAUGUUUUGCUUAGGGAGUUCUGGGAGGCCACGUUUGACUGCAGAUGGUCUCCUCACAAGGAGCUAGAGAGUUGGCAGAGGCAGUGCUCUGGGUCUGAGAAACUGGAGGACAUCAAUAACCCCUUCACUGACAUGACUGAGCUUAGAAUUACUAAUAAUGUUUAUAAAGCAGUGUAUGCUGUGGCUCAAUCCAUACAUGACCUGCUGACCUGCAGAUAUGCUAAAGGACAAGAUGUAAGAAACUGCAUGCACAGAAUCAGCUUUAAGCCAGGAGAGAUUUUGAGUUCCCUGCGAGGUGUAAACUUCUCCAUGAAGUCUGGGGAGAGAAUUUACUUUGAUGAGAAUGGAGACCCUGAAGCAACUUAUGAGUUGGUUAACUGGCAGAGGAACCAGGCAGAAGAGAUUUUGUUUGCCACAGUGGGGUACUACAACGCCUCUCUCCCUAAACAAAAACAGUUUGCCUUGACUGGGACCAACAUAACUUGGGCUGGGGAUCCCUUAAAGAUGCCUCUUUCAGUUUGCACUGAGAGCUGCCUCAGAGGAUUCCGCCAAGCAAUGAUUGAGGGUUUGCCAGUCUGCUGUUUCUCCUGUAUCCCAUGUGCUGCCGGGGAGAUCAGCAACUUAACGGAUGUAGCUGAAUGCAUACAGUGCCCUUUGGAAUACUGGUCAAAUGAAGACAACAGUCAAUGCGUCCCAAAGUUGGUGGAGUUUCUCUCAUUUGAUGAAACAAUGGGAAUCCUCCUGGCUUCAUUUUCACUGGGUGGAGCAUCUUUGACCAUGGUUGUAUCUUUGGUUUUCUUUCGCUACCGAGAUACCCCAAUCGUCAAGGCCAGCAACUCCGAGCUGAGCUUCCUGUUGCUCUUCUCCUUGACUCUGUGUUUUCUGUGUUCUCUCACUUUCAUCGGCCAGCCCUCUGAGUGGUCCUGUAUGCUGCGCCACACAGCGUUUGGGAUCACCUUUGCUUUAUGUAUGUCUUGUGUCCUGGCAAAGACCAUAGCAGUGGUGUUUGCUUUCAAGGGGAAAAUGCCAGGCAAUUCAGUUCCCCAAUGCUCCAUUCCUUUCCAGAGAAUGAGCGUGCUAAGCUGUAUUAUCCUGCAGGUGAUCAUUUGUGUGCUGUGGCUAGCUCUUGCCCCUCCAUUCCCAUUUAAAGAUGCAGCCUACACCACUGAAAAGAUUAUUCUAGAAUGUAAUUUGGGUUCAGCUACUGGUUUCUGGGCUGUGUUGGGGUAUAUUGGUCUCCUGGCUAUUUUAUGCUUUUUGUUGGCUUUUCUGGCUCGCAAGUUGCCUGACAAUUUCAAUGAGGCGAAAUGUAUUACCUUCAGCAUGCUAAUAUUCUGUGCAGUCUGGAUCACCUUUAUCCCAGCUUAUGUCAGCUCUCCUGGGAAGUUCACUGUAGCUGUAGAGAUAUUUGCUAUUUUGGCCUCCAGUUUUGGCCUGUUGUUCAGUAUAUUUGCUCCAAAGUGUUAUAUUAUAUUAUUGGCACCAGAGAAAAAUACAAAAAAACACAUGAUGGGGAACAGUCGUUAA